AUGAUGUCUACUCUUGUCUUUUGUAGGGCGGGCUCCACGCCCGGAGCGCCGCCAUCAGGAGCAGCACCGGCGCCAGCUCCAGCAUCGGCGCCAGCUCCAGCAUCGGCGCCAGCUCCAGCAUCGGCGCCAGCUCCAGCACCGGCACCAGCUCCAGUAUCAGGAAGCGCACGAGCGGCGGCAGCAGCAACACCAGCAGCGCCAGUAGCAACACCCACACCAGCACCAGCGUCAGGAGCUUCUGCGGCCAACGAUGGCAAAUCCGGCAACAUGAUGUUUCCCGGAGAGACAGAGUGGGGAGAUGGGCUCAGCGGCGUUCUCGUCGGUACGCCGGCACAGAACAAGGGCAAGAGGAAGAAAGGGCGGCUGGAGCUGGAGCCGCCGGACUUCCCGAUUCCCGACCAUGGUGGUGGAACCCAAAGGAAGCGCUACACCUCGCAGUUCAAGGUGAAUGCUGUGAGGUACUCGCAGAGAAAGCUCAAGGGGGCGCAAGGACCGGGCGGGACUGUUGGCGUAACAUACGCCAGCAGGAUCCUCAAGAUUCCCGACAAGGCCACGUUGGCGGCGUGGGUCAAAGACGUCGACAAGUUCGAAGCCGCGCUUGCGGAGGAGCCCAAGUACUCGCGAGUGAAGGGCAGGACGAAAGCCAAGCACCGCAUGUCGCUGAACGUCGGACGGACUAGAACGCACACGGACGCCGAACGCGAGGUCGUGGACUGGAUCAAUGAUCUGCGUUCUGACGGCAUCUCCGCCCGUGUCUCGACGAGAAUGAUCAAGAACAAGGCCACGGAACUCAACCCGAACUUCUUCGGGGAGAGGCCGCCGUCCGACAUCGAGGGCAACCUGCGGUACACCCGCAAGAAGACCGCGUGGUGUAGAAGGUUUGUCAGGGUCUACCGCUUUUCUGUGCGAGCCGUCACCCGGCAAGGCCAGAAACUUCCUACCGGCUGGCCCGUGAUCGCCAUGCAGGCAAUCAAGGGGUGGAGGAGGCUGAAUGGCGGGAGGCAGCGCGAGCGGCAGCGGGGGUGGGAGUGGCGCUGGAGUUCCGUCGGGGCCGAGUCCCAAGUUCGCCUUGGCGCAGAUCGCCAACAUGGAUGAGACUCCUACGUGGAUGGAGAACCCGGGAACAACACUGUGAACCGCACCGGCGACAAGGAGGUUGGCGUCAAAACCGGCGGCAAGGAGAAGAUGCGC